AAUGAAUGGGUAAUAUUUUACAUUGUUGUGUGAUAUUUAUGACAGAAAUUUUAUGAAUGCUCAUUCAAAUAAGUGUCAUAUUUUACACCAACCUAACUUUUGACGUCACCAGCACAUGAUAUCUUUGUGAGAGCUAAAUUUAGAAGUUUCAAGAUGGAAGGCCAAGCUUAUGGAGCAGGGAUGGCUGGUGGCUCGUUUGAUGCCAUAGCUUUUAUCAAGAAACCAAGUGUGAUUCUUAGACUAUUUAGUUUGCUGUUCUCCAUAAUUGUGUUUGGCUGUAUAUCAAGUCCAGUGGGAGGCUACUAUGAGGGGCAAUGUGUGUACAACAAUGAUCCAAAUGCUUGUAACUAUGGCAUUGCAACAGGAGUUAUUGCCUUCAUGGCCUGCAUUGUUUUCCUUAUAUUGGAAGCUUUGUUUGAAAACCUAAGCAGUGUCCAACAGAGGAAGAUGGUUGUCAUGGCAGAUAUGGCAUUUUCAGGCUUCUGGACAUUCCUGUGGUUUGUUGGCUUCUGUUAUCUGACCAACCAGUGGAGUAAAUCUAACCAUCCAGAUACAGUCAAUGUCAGCAAUCCACAGGCAGCCAUUGCAUUCUCUUUCUUCUCCAUAGGAACUUGGGCUGGUCUGACUGUCCUUGCCGUGAUGAAGUACCGUCAAGGUGUGUCUGACAUGUUCUCCUCUGGCUAUGGAGACCCCAGUAAUGUUGGCUCUUCACCCUACCCCAGCUACCCAGGGGACAAUGAUCCAUACCAAGAACCCCCCUUUAGUGGCCCCCCACCCCAGAGUCAAGGGGGUACCGACCAGUACACCCCCCCUACAUACUAAACUUAGGGCGUAGAGCUUACCAAGCAAUGGAAAGAUAUGGCACAAGAUGUUAGACAGUUCGUAUCAUAAAAAAGAUGGCUGUGUAGUUUUUGAUAGUAAUGAAGCAUGGAUAUCAUGGAUUGUGUAAAGUGUAUAACCAGUUUUCAGCAGUCUUCAUCAGAAUAUGAUCUUAUGGUUGUGUCUUAUGAUUAAUUUAUUAUUCUUUGAAAUAGGAAAGUGAUUUAUUUGAAUAACUUGCAGUGUGUGUAAUGCCUUGCCUACUGCAAAGUAUUUGUGUAAUGUGUUGGCUGGGCUGAUUUAUUCAGAAAUUUUUACUUUUGUAGCUUUAUGUUUCAACCAUAUUAGCCCACCAUGUAAAAUGUUCGAAAACUGCUGCACAAGUUGCUAUGUACUGUUUGUACAUUGUCUUGGUGUAAAAUGGCUACUGGAGUUAUAGCUUCCAAUAUCUAUUCAUCAUAAUAUUUACAUUUUUUAAUACUUUGUCAUUAGUUGUGUUCUGUAUUAUUACCAGAAUAUAUAUAUGUGGUCACCAUUUGGCUAUCCAAUAAAGGUAAAACAUGAAAAAGACUAUGUUUAGAAUGACCUAUCUGUUAAUUCAAAAAGAGUUCCCCUUCUUCAGAUUGUUUUUAAUCUGAAUAUUUAAUGAAUACUAAUAUACGGAAUACUUAUUAUAUCACACUUUGAUUGUUAAUCAAUUGUUUUCUUUAUAUUGUUAGGGAGUUAAGUUUUGAUUUUUUAUACAUCAUUGUGUGCGAUUGGUUUUGCUGGUCUAAGUAGAGUACAAACUUACAACAUGAAAUACACUGUGAAUGUCUUAAAAUUAGUUGUGUUAGUACAUUGUAGAGUUGGAUAUUUAAUUGAAACUAGUAUGGCCAAAGAUAAAGUCAUGGAGAGUUGUCAUGUACAUGUUAUAGCAAACAGUGGGUAUAAAGAGGUGGUUGUAAGUUGUAACGGUGUGGAUGUUAUGUAUUGUGUAUAAUUAUAGGUUUAUGGACAUUUCCUGUUCACCAUUUGCCAUAGAUGUUUGUAAAUAAAAUGUACAAUUUCUGGGACUUUUUUCCUUUUGUGUCUGUGACACCCUUUUCAAGUAAUGAAUUGAUACGGUCUUCAGUUUUACCUUGAUGAUUUUUGCAUAGCUUUUGAAGCUUUAUUUUAUACUUUCUUCUUAACAACAAAAGAGUUGAAUGGGAAACCUUUUGUGUGUUUAAGUUUGUAUUUUUCUGCUAGAUAUAUAGUUAACAUUCCUUGACUGCAGCAUUGGCACACUGAUGUUCUUUUUGCUAAAUUUAGAUGCACUUAACCACUUAUUGCAAACUGGAAUCACAGCUGGAAUAUGAGGAUAUUUACUGUCUUCUCAAUUAUGAAAUUGUUUGCAAAAAAGUAAGUGAUAUAGUAUGCCAUAUCAGUCAGUUAAUUUGAACUUGUGCUUGUACUUUUCUGCACUGUAUUUAUUAAUAAUAAGUUUAUGAAAAAAGUUGACUUUUUGACGAUUGUAAUUCAAGGAUGAUCUAUUUUUACUUUUCUAUAUGAAAAAAUUUUCCUUCUCAUUUCCAAUAAAUCAAUGCACCAUCAAUGGUA